UAAAACUUUAUCUUAGUAUGUCUCCUCGCGCGGCGUACGAGCCCGCGCCUCGUCGAUGGCGUACCGUGGCGUUUAGACUGCGGCGCGCCCCAAUGAUUCGCCUACGGUCCCCCGGGCGUCAUCGCGGCCACCAUGUCGCAAACGGAGCUCACGUCGCGGCCGCCUUCGCGAGCGGCGAGCCUGUCUCGCGCAAUUCGCAAGUCGUGCUCAAUACCCACUACAGCCGGGUUUGCGGCACCGAGAACGCGCCGCGCGGUCCGUGCUGUCUCCUUGAGCGUAGUCUCGGCCUCGCGGAGUUCGUCGAGCGUGGCGCCGGCGUUCAGGUAGAGCGCCCUCGCGUAAUUCCACCUCAUCUGGAGCGUGAGCUCAUUACUCUCGCCGAGAAUGCGUCGCGCCACGGGCAUCUCUUUGCGUAGCAGCGUCCUGGCUUCUUCGAAGCCUCCUAGAUGGACAAGGGACGACGCGUAGUUCAGGGCUGUUACGAGGGUCUUUGGACAUUCUUCGCCCUCGAGCCUCAGGGAUCCAGAGUAUACCUUUUGCUGCAUACGCAGGGCCUCUUCAAAUCGUCCAAGCUGUCGAUAUGAGAGCGCAAGAUUGCUCUGCGCGGCGAGUAUAUUGGCUUCUGGUGCGCCAAGGCGCCGCAGCAUAGCCAACUCGGCC